AUGGUUCUUUCGGGUGCAGAAAGAGCUCGACUUUGUCGAGAAAAAAAGAAGAAAGCAGGAUUGGGAGAGAUUAUGAAAGAAAAAGAUCGGAAACGAAAACAAAUUCAAAGUGCCCACUGGUCACGAAAACAACUAUCAUUAUUCACCGCUCAUAUAUGGGCCAACUCUACCACUUAUCCUCUUGUUAUUGUGUCGAACAAUAUAUCUCAUGAUAAAUAUACAGUUGCAACAUGUCUUGAACGUAUUCUUACACGUAUACAAAUAUUGAUACCAUCGCUACAAGAAUUAGUUAUUUUCAGUGAUGGUAGUGCCAGCCAAUUCAAGCAACGAUUUUUAUUUAAAAAUGUAUCGUUUUUAGCCGAUAAAUUUAAAUUAAAUUUAUCAUGGAAUUUUUUUGCAAGUAGUCACGGUAAAGGUGAGUAG